GCGAGCAGCCAGGAAAGGGGAAGCGAUGGCCGCCGGCCGAUCUGUGCACAAAAUCUCCGAAGAACUCAAAUCGCUUACACUCCGUGGCCCCGCUGGAGGGAUUUUGCUGGAUGAGGACGAUGAGGCAGUCCGGUUUGCUAACGUGAGGAAGAAUGACUUCAAGCACUGGGAGAGGGUGAGGGGACGACUGAUCAACAUCCUGGACGGUCUAGAACUCCAUACCAGCGUAUUCUCCUCCGCCGAGCAGCGGAGGAUCGUCGAUUGCGUCUAUGAUUUCCAGGAAAAGGGGCGUAAGGGCCGGCUUAGAGAGCGCACGUAUUUAAAGCCUAAAAAGUGGAUGCGAGGCAAAGGACGUGUCACAAUACAGUUUGGUUGUUGUUACAAUAAUGCAGUGGACGGGAAUGAGAAUCCCCCUGGCAUAAUCCGCGAUGAGGAAGUCGAUCCUAUCCCACCAUUAUUGAAACAAAUGAUCAAGAGAAUGGUUGCUUGGCAUGUUCUCUCACCAUUCUGCAUCCCCAACAGCUGUAUUGUCAACAUUUAUGAUAGGGAUGACUGCAUUCCUCCUCACAUUGAUCACCAUGACUUUGUUCGGCCAUUUUGCACGGUCUCUUUCUUGAGUGAAUGCAACAUCAUUUUUGGAACGGAGUUGAAGAUAAAUGGACCAGGAGAUUUCUCAGGCUCUGCCUCCAUUCCUUUGCCUUUAGGGUCUGUUCUUGUUUUGAAUGGAAAUAGUGUUUUGUUGCUAAGCAUUGUGUUCCUGUUGUACUAUGCGAAGGAUUUCAAUUACGUUUAGGAAGAUGGAUGACUCGAAGAUCCCAUAUGAUUUCAUUCAAGAUCAUGAUCUGCAAAAUCUUUGUCCAUUGUCAUUACGAGGACAACAACAUCCCAACAUUCUUCCACUCCGGCAAGAUAAGCAAGAUGAAUCACCUAAAAAUGCUCAACCUUCACCAAAAGUUCAACAAGCUCAAAAAGCUCAGCAAGCACAAAAUGUUUUACAAUCGCUAGCUUUACAGAGACCUAUGCAACUAAGUGAAGAUGAUUUUCCACCGCUGAGCUCCAACACAAUAGUGCUGUCCCGUCGCAAGUGACACUUUUCCUCUUAUGUGAUGGGAUUCAACUGAAACUGAGGUUGUUUACAAAGCUGUUUUCCACUGUUCAUGGCUCUACUGUGAGCUUUUUUUUUUUUUUUUUAUGUUUUACUAGGUAAAAGUUUAUUACUCUAUUUUAUAGGUCAAAGAGAGUAAAUUGUAUUGAAGAAGUUAGUUACCAACUAUAAUUCUUUUUGUAAUCCUUUUGUAAUCAUUUUACUAGGUGGUGUUGUUAUAAUAGUUUUGUAAAUAUGAGAUCUCAGGUCGAUUAUAUUUAUAUUUGG